CAGAGAGCUGAACCUCCUAGAUGCCUCCUGGGGCAAAGUAAAAGCUUGUUUAAAAAAAGUGAAUGAAACAUAAUACGAGUACACGGCGGGUCUUAACUAUUGUCGCACUGGCAGUUUCUGCUCAUGCAGGACUUUCCUACUCAGCUGGAGGAAUAGGCCUAGGAGGUGGUCUUGGAGGAGGCAUUGGAUUGGGAGGUGGUGGAAUUUCUUUGGGACAUGCUAUUUCAGCACCAGUUGCUGUUGCCAAACAAGCAGUAGUAGAUUAUUAUACCCCUGCCCAUUACGAAUUCAAAUAUGGAGUAGAAGAUGCUCACACUGGUGACAAGAAACAGCAAUCUGAAACCCGUAUCGGUGACACCGUAAAAGGAGAAUACUCCCUUGCUGAACCCGACGGCACAAUCCGUGUUGUGAAGUACACCGCCGAUCCCCACAACGGUUUCAACGCCAUCGUCAGCAGAAUAGGACAUGCAGCUCAUCCUCAAAUCAUUUCCAAAGCUGUAGUUCCAGUGGCCUCUCAUGGAAUAGCCCUUUCCGGUGGUUUGGGUCUUGGAGGAGGUCUGGGAUUGGGAGGAUAUGGAGGCCACUGAAGCUGAUGUGAUCAUUUUCGCCAACGUCAACCUGUAGUCGUCAUCGUUGCCAUACUCAUUGUUAUUUUCAUGUUCAUCUUCACCGUUGCUCAUCCCUCACGUCAUGGUUAAGUUUCUCUUUGUGUAUACUUUUGUUGUACAUAUCACAUACCUAAGUUAGACUUUAUGUUAAUAAACAAUAAAUGUUUACACUCUA